AUGCACGAAACCUCGGAGUUCGCCAUUACUAGGGCGUCCCAAUUAACUGUUCCCAACAAGGAUUGGACGCACUACAGACUGGGGUUGAAGCUCAGGUGCACUUACAACACCUCAGGAGUAACCCUUAUGAUCAACUCCCAAGGCAAGCCCAUCGACACAUCGCAUAUCACCGAGAAGAAUGUCAAGUUUCUCACCAAAGAGCCCAUUGUCGGACUCAAGAUCUCUGAAGGGGAGACGUUGAAGAAACGCGUGCAGAUCACAUUCGAUUCAGCUGGUCAUUUUAACCAUUUUGCCCUGAAAAUAAAGUUAUGGCUUGGACUCAGUGUUAUCGGACUGGGCUCUUAUCAUGGGGACCUUGCUCUGGCAUCGCAAAGUGAUGUUGGGGCCCAGAAGCGUCAAAAUGACGAGGCAGUACUUGAUUUGAAAAAUCACUUGAGCACAAAUGUGAAUUUAGGGCAAAAGGAUCCCUUAAUUUCGUCUCAGCCUACACAAAUUUUUCUGCAACCGCCACAAAAAGAAACGCUGAUGUCUUCGGCUGUAGAGGGUCCUCAGCAGCAGACCUCCCAACAACCCCUCCCUGUGACCAUACCUUCCUGGCAAAUGAGUCCCCCGCAGGUUCCAGCGGGACAAGAAAGAGAUUUUAUUACCCCUCUCGCUGGUAAUUUUCCUAAAAGCUUCCAAAAACUCAUGGAUGCCGCUCUGUGUCUUCAUCAAGAGGCCACAUUGCCCUUUGGUAACAUGCAUCAAGCGAGGCCAUUUCAGAUCGCACCUUCGAAAGAGUAUUCGUCAGAUCAUCUGUUCGAUCCGACUAACUUUUUACAUAUGUUCAACAAAAGGGCCAAUGACCGAUUUGUGCUCUCAAACCCGGGACAGACUGGGGUCCCUGACGACACCUUCAUGUCGCAACUGACACGCCAGUUCGACAAUAGCUGUUUCUCUAUGAAACAGACUCACAAUGUGACCUCCGAUUCGGCAAACUCCACUGUUGAAAUACCUUUAAGGAGAUCGAAAAGAUCAUCGAAGACAGAGGUCACAGAACAAGAUUUGAAGGAUGCCCUCAACGACGUGCCCUUCGAUGUGCCAUUGGAGAAUACCCGCAAGAAAGCCAAAAGCGUUGUGAACUCCAAAAUGGAUAAUUUUUUGAGUCAGGCCUUGGAACAAGCUAUGCAAAACGAAGCGAGUAUGGAGGAGCUUGACGAUAAAGCUUUACGGCUAAGAGUAGCUCGUAAAUUGAAAAGCAAAUCAUUUAAGGCGUUAGCGAAAAGGAUUGACCGGUUAGUAGGGGACUGCAAGAAGAAUUAG